CAACGAAUAAUUUUAUGCACUCUUCAUGAAAGACAGGUUAACUAUUCGUCGUACAUCCCAAGAUUUGGAACUUGUUGGGAGAGCUAGCCUACAGUACAGUGAAGUGAAACUACUGUCACUUUUGCGAUUUGUCCGAAGCGCGAUGGAUCAGGUGCGCAGGUCGGCAGGCGAGGUGUUGUGGGGCAUGUGUGCCGCGGAUGCCAUGUCCAUGCCGGUGCACUGGUAUUACACCGUUCAGGACAUCAAGAACGACUUCGGGGGCUGGAUAACGUGCUUCCAGUCGCCGAGGAGCCGACAUCCGUCCAGUAUUCUCACGCUGUCAAACACAGCGGGCAGCGGCCGAUCUCGGUCCUCAGUCCAGCGCCCCCCGGUGGUGGGCAGUGUCAUCCUACACGACAAGCUCAAAUUCUGGAAGUUGCCAGGCGGUUCAGUCCAUUAUCACCAAGGGCUCCCUGCUGGGGGGAACACACUGAACAUGCUGUGCACACUGAGAGCGGCACGGACGCUGACCGAGGGGGGGUCCAGCAGCGUGGGGGGGUCGGGCAGCGUGGGGGGGUCCUGGAGCGCGGCGGACCGGCUGGCCCGCGCGGCGGUACUGGCCGAUUACGUGCGCUUCAUGACCACACCCGGGUCACAUGAUGACACCUACGCCGAAUCCUUCCACAGAGCCUUCUUCUCCGACUGGCAGGAGACACGGCCUACCUCUCCCAGUGAGGUUUUGGAGUUUUCUGAAAGGCGCUAUAAAGAGAAGAUGAGCAGCUCGAUCGCGGACAGCCAGCUGGAUGCCAUCGGCUGCCUCCCCAUGGCGAUCCCUUUCCUACUGCUGUCCGCCCACGCUACUGAAGACCAGGCUGUGACGGCAGCAGUAGAGUUUGUUCGGCUCACUCACCCUCACCCGCGGCUGGACGGGUGCGUCUCCCUGUACGCCCGCGCGCUCCACGCCGCGCUGAACGGGGCGUGUCUCAGGCAGCUGAGCGAGGCGGCGCUACGCUCGCCCGCCCUGGACGUGUGGGACACCUGCCAGCACUACAUGCACAGAGCGUCCAGGUUUCCCGGGAGCUCAGAGGAGAGGCUGCAGGUGCAUCAGAGUGCAGUGGCUGCGCUGGGGCUGGCCUGUUACACUAAAGGUCUCACUUUCCCCUCUGACCAAUCACAUACAGCCCUCACUUUCCCCUCGGACCAAUCACACACAGCCCUCACUUUCCCCUCUGACCAAUCACACACAGCCCUCACUUUCCCCUCUGACCAAUCACAUACAGCCCUCACUUUCCCCUCUGACCAAUCAUACAGCAGCCUUUACACUCAGGUUUGUGUGUGAGAGAAAUACACUGGUCUGUUUCUGUCAGCUUGUGU